CCGGGUUCCGAGAAGGACUGGGCCAGUGAAGAACAUGAGGAUUAUUUUUUGAGGGAUCCAGACCAAGCACGAGAUUUGCUGCCACAGCCGUAUCGCAUGAUAGCAAAGGUGGUAGAACUCUUGAUUGACCAGACCAUUGAGGUCAUCGAGAUACGGGAACAAAACCGUGAAGAGGAGAAACUCAAAAAGAAAACUGACAUCUUACAGCCAGCUUCUGAAAUCCAAGUAUCCAGAAGAGUUAAUUGUGUUUCUGCAGGACAAAUGGAUCGUUUUUAUUUGUCGGCCUUUCUGAGGGUUUGAUGGUUUACAGCUUGUCCGGUGGAGACUGGAUUUGCGGCUGGGAAGCAGAUAAAUUGGAAGUGUGCAGCCUGAGUGUGUGCCAAGUGAAAAAUCAGACCUACCUUGUUGGCACGGUGGAUGACAUGGGCAUUGCUCGUCUCUUUUACUUUUCUGAAGACAACCUCCAUUUUGUGAAAGCCAUAAAUGAAACCGAAGAUAUAAUCAAGCGCACCGUUUGUAUUACAUUUAAGCUGUCCCAUGGAGGUGACUAUGUUGGAGUUCUUUUAGAAGGUUCUGGAGAAUGUUGGUUGGAAGUGUACAAGCUCCCCAAGGAUUCCUGGCUGAAGGAACUGGAUCAUGCCCAUACCACUAUGCUGAGUACACCUUUAAGUACCGAGUCUGCUGGUAUGCAUCUAUCAGAACCAAAGAUUGCACAGCCAGUGCUUUUAAUGAAGAUUAAGCCACCAAAGCCAAUUACAGGAAGCACAUUUAAAUCUGUUCAAGAGGCUGUGCAGAAGAGUGAUGACAGCAGUGUGUUUGGUACUGGACAGAAUCACAACAUCAGUUCUCAUCAAUGGGAGCAGCAAGAAGCGAUAUUUAUGGACAUGUAUGAAAAAUAUUUUAGUAUAGAUAUGCCAAAAAUCCCAGAAGGAGAAAAAUCAAGGCACACCAUGUUUCAUAUACUUCAACCAAAUAAAAUACUGCACAAUGAUACAGAAACCAUGCAGUCAGCUUUACCUAAUGCCAUAAGUGUGCACUGGAGUGGAUGCCACAAUUUCUUCAUCUACCCGCUGGCCAAAUCUCUUAAGGAUAAGGCAGAUGUUGACCCAAAAGCUGAUAUCGUGUGGCCAUGUGCUGCUCCUAUUAAAUUCUCAGCAGUCAGCUCUUGCACCUCAUACCUAGCGCUUUCCCUUGAAAAUGAAACACUUGCAGUAUGGGACAUGAAGUACUCUGGUUUUCUAUUGGCUGUUGUUGCUCUCCCAGAGGGACGGCAUAUAGGUAGC